AUGGCGGACGACGAGAUUCUAUUAUUCGAGGACUACGCCGCUCCUGAAGACGAUGCUGAUUAUGAUGAAAGUGAUCAUGAUGAAUAUUACAUAGAAGAAGGAGAAACCAUGUCAAUGCCACAACACGAACGCAACGCCAUGGAAGAAGAGAGAAUACAGCUUGACAGUGAAGAAAAGGGAGGAGAGUUGGACUAUGACUCAUCAUCCGAUUUGCCAUUAUUGUCAUCAGUCAUGAAUAGUAGGACUAGGCCUACUACUGAUAUUAAUAACAAUAACAGAAGUACAUCCAACAAUUAUGGCAAAAGCAGACAUUCACCGAGGACCCCAGACGGAAGCCUGGUAUCGAAUGAACUCCGACUCUCGUUGGCCCUGGAUGCAGCGCAACUUGGAAAAUUGACCCGUCUCAAUGAACAUGUGGUGACGGCAGUGGCUACCGAAGAAUCCAAGAAAAAAAAGGAAACCGAUUGGACGGGAAUCAAGGCAGCUCAUAAUUUGAAUGGCAAAUCGGCGUUUAUACGAGUUUGCAUCGAAGCCGCGGCCAUGGGAAGACUUCACCGGGGAUCUGAAAAGUCAUAUACCGUAUCCAAUUAUGACGAGAGUGAAGAGGAAGCCAACAAAAAUAUUAUCAAUAUCACUUCCAAGGAAGCUGCAAAGGGUAUGAUUGAUACGAUAUUAGAAACCAUGCAGGAGACCGAGUAUCAGCUGGACGAGAUUCUAAAUGAAUUAGAGGUCCUUCAAGAAGUGGAUCCCUAUUCGAUUGAAGAAUUCUUGCCGGUACUAGACACUUUGAAAAGUCAAGUGGAUGCGCUGACUCAUCAUCUACUCUAUCAACCAAACACUGCUUCCACUCGUUUGGAGAAAGUCAUUGACGAGCAACGGGAGGAUAUUUCCAAAUCCUGGGCGCACCAUUUGACAGUCAUUGAAGAUAUGGAGAAUUUUCAGAAUACCAAGGACACCUUUGACGAUCAGAAUCUAGCCGUCAUUCCAUGUUUCGACAUACCAACCUUUAAAAAACCGACAUUCUUCAUGACCAAGGGGAAGCAACGCAAGGCAAUCCCUCUGCAAGCGGCCAAGGAAGGACUUUUGAAAAUGGAAUUAUUGGCGAGUGGAAGCGAUAUUCGGGUACGGUCCACCUGCCAUUGUCCAUAUUGCAAGAAACCAUCUUCCUUCCAAACGCAAUCCUACAAACACAUGAGGGAGCGGAAACAAGCCAACGAUGCCACUCUCAAGAACGAGCUUGUAGGUCUGGCAAGAAAGCGACCAUCCAAGAAAAUUGUCUUUGCCAAAUCCGCGCCCAGUAUCAAGAAUCCACUGAAACCGACUCCCAAUCUCGACGGUGGAAUGCAACACGGCUUGUCGUGGAAGUCACCACGUACCCAGCGACGAAACUUUAGAGAAGCGGAAGCAAGACGAAAGUUGAUUGAACAGCAAAAGGCGCACAUGCUACCGGCCAUUGAUGAGUCGGACUCCAAAGUCGCUGUCAUCGAACCAAUGGAUGCUGCUCCAAAUAACCUGGAUGCUACUACUGCUCCCUUGGUGUACUCAUCGCCAAGCAUUACUACGGAAAAAGAAAAGCUAUCCGCUACUGAUCUAGGCAGCCAGACGCCGCCACUCGAACAAGAGGAAGUGGCGUCGCCAUCUAGCGACUUUUCGGAACCCUCCAAACCCAGGUCAUCUUUUGGUGCAGGAAUCCUGGCGUUGGUGUCUCCGCGGUCUUCCAAGGGAGUCUUGGCCAAACGAGCCUUGCAAAACGCAGGAGCGCCAGAAGGAGAUAGACGAAAUAUGAUGGAGAGAUCAGCCUCCCAACGAUUGAUGGAUUGGCUUUCACCAUCCUCCUCCAUCAAGAAGAACAAGGUGGAUUCCAACAGUAAUGUGAGGGAAAUCAAAACCUUUACCAUUCCUGGGCUCCCAUCGCUGGAUGGCGACGACGACGACGACGACGAGGAAUCGACAUUGGAAGAACAACUAGCAACGUCUCCAAAGGACAAUACUAUUGAGUCCAAUGCGAACAAUGGCAAACCAUUUACCAUUCCUGGGCUGCCUUCAUUAGAUGAUGAUGACGACGACGACGACAACGAGGAGGAAUCAACAUCGCCAUCUGUAAAAAUAGAAGAGCAACCGGAAAGGUCUUCAAGAAAAUCAAUUUCGAUUGACAUGACAGGUAUGCUCACCAGGAACACACCUAAAGAAGAGGAGCCGCCUUCAAUCACUGCCAUUGACGAAGAGUAUUAUUCUGACGAAGUCAUUGAAGAGGAGAUCGUUGAAGAGGAGAUUAUUGAAGAAGAAUACAACGACGAAGGCUCUAUGCCCGCGAUUGAAGAAGAGAUUGAAGAGGAGAUUCUUGAAGGGUCCAUUCGGAUCGACCAUUCGACUCAAGAGCCGUUGCCCGAGAAAUGCGAUUAUAUGAUGCCUCUGAAGGGCGGCGACUCUCACAGUACGGUUUUCGAUAGCAGCACCGAAUUCGUGGAGCUCGAUGAUGAAGCUUCCGCCAAAUCAAAGACAAGCAUCUUUCGCAGCAAUAGUCUACGGUCGGAGGCUUCGGCCUCAGGAUCUAGUCGUAAAUCCAGCAGAUCCAGCAAACCCAAUCGCAGCAAUAGUUUCUCAUCACAUGGCUCCUCCUCUUUGAAAUCACAAAAGAAAGAUAAGGCCUCACGCAGUAAGAGUCCUAUGAAGUCAGACGGGUCUGUAAAGUCAUCAAGAUCAAAGAAGAAAAGCGAUCGCAAGUCAGAAAGGAAAUCGCGCAGCUUGGAUUCUGACUCUGUAAAGUCCGCAAAAUCAGAUGACUCUAUUUUGAGUCCUCCUGGAUCUACAAAGUCGUCGAGAUCAAGAAAGAAAUCUGAUCGAAAGAGAGACAAGAAAUCAAGGAAUAAGAAUGUGGAAUCAGUAAUGUCUGGCGAUUCAGAAGAUCUUUCGAUAUCAACUCCACCUCCUCCUCCAUUAAAAAGCGUCAAGUCAACAGGAUCUGAAAAGUCUACAAAAUCCAGCAAGUCUAGGAGCAGUAAGAGUCCAAAGCCAGAGGACUCGGCAAAGUCGUCAAGAUCGAAGAAGAAGCUUUCCCGACAUCUAAGUUUGCAACCAGCAGGCUCGAAGAAGCCUGAACGCAGGGCUCCAAAACGAAGCACCAGCAUUGGAUCUGUCAAAUCAAGCAAAUCGAGCAGAGCAUCAAGACGAGAAAAUAGGACUAUAGAUUCAGCAAAAUCAAGCAAGUCCAAGAAAAAGCUGACACGGCAUCUCAGUCUGAUGCAAGAAGGAUCCAGGAAGCCAGAACGUAGAACAACAAAAGAAGCGUUGCGACACAAGAGUGUGGACAGUGGUGGGUCUCCAAAAUCAAGCAAGUCCAAAAAGAAACCGUCUAAAACGGAUACCAAGCCUAGUGAGGAGGAGCCAGAAGGUUGGUGGCAACUUGAUUGGGCCAACCUUGAAGACGGAGACGGAAAGCGUCGAUCCACAGGAGUGAAACGAUGUCGUAGCAUGGGUGCUGCAUCUGUGAAAUCAAGUAGGCUCAGAAACGCUCGGCGCGAACAAUUGAAUGGAGACGGAUCAGGAAAACCAAAACUUGUUCGUCAUAACAGUAUGCCAGGAGUUAGACCAUCAAGACCAGAGCGUCGUUCUAGUGAUAAGUCUCGGCCGACGACUGCCGAUCCUGAAUCUCAAUCUACGAAGUCCAGAAAGAAAUCCCGUCGCAACAUGAAGUCAGACGGGUCUGUGAAAUCAUCAAAAUCAUCAAGGUCCAAGAAGAAGCUCUCGCGCCACCUUAGUAUGCCACAAAAGGGAUCGUCGAAACCAGAACGAAGGUCCACGAAAAACCGAAAGGACAGGAGCGUAUCGCCUCAAGGAAGGACCUACCUUGCCCCGAUGAAAUCACCUCGUGCUGGUAGGGUUGUCGGUCCGGGGACAAAAGAGUCUUCAGCAAAUGGAAGAAAACGCAUUAAUGAUUCUGAAAGGACAUCUCGUUCUACUCCAAUAUCAGCCUCAGAUGUUGUCAGCAAAUAUUCUGCACCACCUGAAAGAGAAGUGAAGCGUACAGCAAGCGCGGAGACAAUUGCUGGUCUGGAAGAGUAUCGAGCACUUGUCAAGUUGGCUGUUGCCGAAACGUCAAGUGACGUUUCAUCGCUCAGAUCGUCACAGAGCAGCCUUCAGUCACAAGACACCGCAGCUGAUGGUGGUUUGCCGCGGCCGCCACCACCACCACCUACAUCCCCGCCACAGUCACCCAAGACGCAAUAUUCAUUUUGA